GCCUUACCUUCACACAAUACUGCACUUAUAACAAUACAUUAGAUCAGUGAUUUUAAAUUUACAAUCAUUUUUAGGUUAUUCGUUCAAUCACUUAGCGGGUUUUCCCUACUUUAAAUUUUGUUGUGUUCAGCUGCUGCUGUCCUGUUACUCGAAUCACGCCGUUAGCCGUACUGUAGCGCAGCAUACUUGUUGUUUCUCUUCUCGUGACUUGUUUCUCUGUUCAAAUAAGUGUUGAACCGUGUACUUUAAAAAGUUAAAAAGCACUAAUUGAAAUCGAUUUGACCCAACCAACACAAUUAUCAUAGACUUUAUAGUCCUCUAAAUUUGAAUUCGAAAAUGCCUUCUGAGGUUGUUCAAAAAGAAAACGAAACCAUUACCGAGAACACCGUGGAAUCCAAGAAAAUAGUUGAAAAACAAGUAAUUAGUGAUACAGUUCCCAUAAAAGAAAACAAUGCAGAAGAGAAUAUAGUUAUCAACGACGAACCAACAGUAACAGAUACCAAGGAAGAAACGGAAAGCGAAAACAAAGAAAACGAAGAACCUGUUGUUGAAGAUGAGGAAACUAAAAAAAAACGUGCUGAUGAACUUCUAGCUGCUGGCAAACGUAGUUUAGCACUCAAAGACUACCAAGCGGCGGUUGAUGUUUUAAGUGAAGCAUGUAGUCUUUUUGGAACUGUUUAUGGUGAAAUGGCUGAAGAAUGUGCUGAAGCAUAUUUUAAGUAUGGAUGCGCACUUCUUGAACUCAGCAAGGAUCAGACCAGUCCAGUCGGAAUCGAAGAUAAAGAAGAUGAUGACGACGAAGAUGAUGAAGAUUCGUCUAUGGUACAAGAUGAAGGCUCUGCCGAGGCAGAUAAAUCCGUAGCUAAUGGUGAAGAAGACAAAUCUGUUGCUAAUGGCAAAGCAGAUAAACCUGUAGCUAAUGGCGAAGCAGAUAACCCUGUAGCUAAUGGCGAAGCAGAUAAAGCAGUAGCUAAUGGUGAAGCAGACAAACCGGUUGCUAAUGGGGAAGAAAAGAAAUCAGUAGCCGACAGUAAAACAGAAUCGGGGAAAGCUAAUGGUGUAGACAAACCAGCCAAUGAAGAAGGAAACUCAACUUUAGAAGCUGACAAAUCUGUUACAACUAAUGAUGUUGAAGAUACAAGCAUGGAAGAAAUUGAGGAGAAAGAAGGUAAAUUAGAGGAUAUGGCUGUAGAAAUUGAAGAAGACAUCGCAGAGGAAGAUGUCAAUGACUUGCAGGUCGCUUGGGAGAUGCUGGACUUGGCUAAAGUAAUUUAUAAGAAAAUGGAUACUGAAGAUGCUAAACUUAAACUAGCUGAAGUUUUAAUGAAAUGCGGUGAUGUUAGUAUUGAAGAUGAAAAAUUUGAAACUGCUAUUGAAGACAUGACAGAAGCUCUAAAUAUCAGAAGGUUACUGUUACCCGAAGAUAGCCGCAUUAUAGCAGAAACUUUGUUUCAAUUGGGCAUUGCUCAAGAAUUAGGCGGAAGUGGUGAGCGUGCAGUUGAAUUGUUAAAUGAAGCUGCAGCAGUUUUGGACCAGAGAAUUAAAACGCUAGAAAGUAGUGACAGUAAUAAUGAUAAAGUCAAAGAAGAGGUAGCUGACAUAAAAACCGUUAUUCCUGAAAUUCAAGAGAGAAUUAUUGAUAUUAAAGAGCGUAAAAAAGCAGCUAUAAGUGCAUUGCUUGCAGCAGUUGCUGGAGCAGCUAAUGGAGGAGAAAUCGCUAAUGGUGGCGAAUCAUCUGCUAAAGAAGCAUCCAAUAUCAAUCAUUUAAUCCGGAAGAGGCCCAAACAAAGCGAAGCUGAUGGAACCCCAAACAAAAUUCCAAAAAUCGAGGAGCCAGAAGUUGUUCAAAAAUGAAUUUUGUUUUGUGCUCUCGCAGCGGACACUUAAUUUAUUGUAUUAAUUUCUCUCAUACUAUUAGGAGAUAUUUUUUAAUUUUAUAACUUUCAACUGUAAGUCUUAUUAUUAAGUGAAUUAUUUGUAAUUUUUUUUUUUCUGUAAUUUUCUUAAAAAUAACAAAAGACUGUUAGGGAAAACAUAUUUAAUAGUUAUAAUAUAAUUUUACACAUUAUUUACAAUAUCAA